UCUUUCUUUUACUCCAGGAGUCCAGCAGGGCCAUCCAGUUACUCGUCAGCAACAAGCUGGUCCUUUCACAGACGUACCCCAUCAAGCCCUGACCAGUUUACAUCUGCCGCCCGGACAAAUAAUGCAAGCUACGUAACGUCAGCAAUGACGUGGAAUCGAAGUGCUAGAAGCUAGCCGGCGCUUCAAACGCGACAUGGGCGCAUGGUUGCAUAGCCGCCGGGCGCCGGGCGUUGGCACGUUGCAACUCCAGGACAAAUCUGUUGCAACGCACUCGGUACUACACGACACAUAAAGCUGCCUCCCUCCAAUGAGGCAAUCUUCUGUUGGUACGUGUCGUCACGUCCAGACUUGUUUGGGGAUCGAGCAGUGCUCAUCGCUCAUCACCCAUCAGUAGCUCGAUCGCUCCACCACGAGAGCACGCGCUCAAGGCACACAGCUGGCGAGUAGCGAUGGCCGGCGAUGAUGGCGUCCAAGGAGUGCGCGACGGCGGCGGCGACCCGCGCCCGCGCCGCGUGCUGGUGUUCCCGCUGCCGUUCCAGGGCCACAUCGACCCGAUGAUGCACCUGGCCGGCGCGCUCCACGCCCGGGCCGGCCUCGCCGUCACCGUCCUCCACACGCGCUUCAACGCCCUGGACCCCGCGCGCCACCCGGAGUUCCGGUUCGUCGAGGUCCCGGACGGCGUGCCCGCCGGCGUCGCCGCGACGGGCAGGAUCAUCGACGUCAUCCUCGCCAUGAACGCCGCCAUGGAGGCGUCGCCGGAGGCCGUGCGGGGCGCCCUGGCGUCCGCGAUGAUCGCGGAGGACGAGGACGAGGAGGCGCCCCACGCCGCGUGCCUCGUCAUCGACUCCAACCUCCUCGCCGUGCAGCGGGCCGCCGAGAAGCUCGGGCUUCCAACGAUGGUGCUGCGCACCGGGAGCGCCGCGUGCUUGAGGUGCUUCCUCGCCUACCCCAUGCUCCAUGACAAGGGCUACCUGCCUUUCCAAGAGUCACAGCUCUACAUGCCGGUGCCGGAGCUGCCACCUCUCCGAGUGAGAGACCUCUUCCAAACCAAGAUCAGCAGCCACGAGAUGGUCCGCGAGGUCAUCGCCCGGAUCACCGAGACCGUGAGGAACUGCUCGGGCCUCAUCAUCAACACGUUCGAGGCCCUGGAGCCAGACGAGCUACAGAAACUCCGCGGCGAGCUCGACCUCCCGCUGCUCCUCGCCGCCGGCCCGCUCCACAAGCUCUCCUCUAAGACCACCGGGAGCAGCCUCCUGGACCAGGACUACAGCUGCAUCGAGUGGCUGGACACCCAGCCCCCGGGAUCGGUGCUGUACGUGAGCUUCGGGAGCCUGGCCGCCAUGGAUUCCGGCGAGUUCGUCGAGGUGGCCUGGGGCCUGGCGAACAGCGGCCACCCCUUCCUCUGGGUCGUUCGGCCCAACCUAGUGCAAGACACUGACAUCGCGCAGCUACCCGAUGGCUUCGAGGACGCCGUCAAGGGUAGGGGCAUGGUGAUCCAGUGGGCCCCGCAGCAGGAGGUGCUGGCCCACCGGGCAGUGGGUGGGUUCUGGACGCACUGCGGGUGGAACUCGACGCUGGAGAGCGUCGGCGAAGGGGUCCCGAUGAUCUGCAGGCCCAACGCGGUGGACCAGAUGAUGAACGCGAGGUACGUGGAGGAGGUCUGGGGUGUCGGGUUCGAGCUGGAAGGCGAGCUGGAGAGAGGGGAGGUCGAGGGUGCUGUUAGGAAGCUGAUGGGUGGUGGGAGGGAGGGAGCUGAGAUGACGGAGAGAGCAGAGGUGCUCAGGAGGAAAGUUGCCGAGUGCUUGGAUGGGUCUGGGUCUUCUCGGACCGCCAUUGACAUGUUAGUCGACUACAUGCUGUCUCUGUGAACCUUUCAUUUGUUAUAUCUAUGGGGCAACAUCGAGUACAAGAACAAGUAAUUUGCUUUACAGAGUGUUGACACAUUCAAUAGAACCUCCUCCGGAUCCACAAGAUUGUAUAGAAAACAAAAAAAGAUCCGUCAACCGUUGCCCAUU